AUGUGUUCUAUUCAAUUCUGCAUCCUCCUUGUGCAUUUCCCCCAUCUUAUUCAAUUCGGCAUUUCUUUACUGGGCAUAACAAAAUUCAGUCCUCGUCUCCGCAUCUUUGCUAGCAACUUCACGCCACGGUCUUACGAGGAUCAUGUUACAUAUUUCGCUUUCGGAACUCCGCGCAUAAAAAUAAUUCUCUUUGUAGAGGUACUCCUUUUCCCACUUCUAUUCUCACAUCUUUUUCUCGUUUUGGUCUUUGCUGUUCGUUGGAUCACAAAUUCCGAUACGUCCAACCCCGGUGUCGACGACUAUCAGGUGCCACGUUUAUUCGUGCUCGCCUGUCUGUUGCAUCUACGCCACGACCCAGUCCACCCAGACCAUACGCCAUUGCUACACCCAAAAACGGAGAUUCAAUUUGUUGUGUUUCCCAUGACAAAAAUAUACCGUACUCACGGUGUACAGGCUCAGCUUCCGUCUACGCUUCCGCUAGCACCUUAUUACUCUCUGUCUGCUGCUUCCCUGUCAUGGUGGUAUCUUCCUCGUCCUACUCCCUUUCCACCCUAUCCUGUUUGUGUCGUUUAUUCGCAUCCCUAUGCUGCAUCCGACAAAAAAUGGCGUCAAAAUCUCAGGAAAUUUUCGUUGUUCACUUGUAUUCUUCCUCACUUUCUUUUACCAUCUUUUGCACCACUGCAACGAUCAAUAACGUCACGAGUAUGA